UACCGGUUCACUGAGACAUUCGCUUCGUGACCGCGAUCAUGAGAGCACUCAGUUCGAAACACACUCCUUCGCAGCAUCCCUGCUUUUUACUUUUAACCUUAUUUCUGACGCUGUCUUAUUGUCAUUUAUCGAAUUCGCGGAGCGUUACGCUAAACGAGGAUGCCAGUGCCGAGAAAGUGUUGAGAUCUGACCCGAAUGGGGUUAAGAUCUUAAUGGAAGAUGAGAAAGAAAAACAUUUUGAAGAACUGCCAAUUACCAAGGUAGUAACGAUUGAAGGAAUCCGCAGAUUCGAUGCUCGUCUGAAAGAACCUGAGGGAGUGGAUAUAAGAGAAGAAAGAUACUUGGGCACAAAAAGGAAGAGUAGCACUGGUUAUCUUAAUGCUGAAGAAGAAAAGACUCUGGUAGGUGCUCAGGAAUCCAUUGUCGAUGACCAGAUAAAACGACUUAUUUCUAUACGGGACGAUGCACUUAAUAACGUUCAGGAAGAUAAUAAGAAGGUAACUGAGAUAAUGGAAGAGGCUGAAUUACUUCAGGGUGGAAAGAAUGUUCUUGGGAAUUAUGAGAGUGAUUCUAAACGCGGACGUAGUAAUGCUGAUAAAGUUGAGAAUAAUUUUCCUAAUGAUUUUCGAUCACACAACUAUCGGGGCCAUCUAACAUCUAACAUCACUAUUGGGGCUGUCAGCUUAGUUGAGAACAAUGCAUUUCUUCAAAGAUGGAAGGAACAGGCUAUGUUGCUUCAAGAACAAAUUCGCAAUAGGACCAUUUUGCAAAAAUUGCGCGAACAAGCUGGCGAAGUGUUACCAGAAAUACCAAAAUUUACGGAAUUGCAAUUAUUGGAAGCAUUAAGAAACAUAACGCCUUCUAAAGACGAUAUAAGCUCAAAUAAUUCUUAUGUCAAUGCGAUGAAUAGUAGUUUAUUAACAGAUCAUCAAUUGGAAAUCAUCAGGUGCGCAGAAAAUUUGGUAGAUCAGAAGCAAAGACAAUCUUUUAUUGGGAAUAUAUUUGACUGUAUACGAAGUUUAAGUGUUCUCAAUUGUAUGAGGAUUUUUGUAUGGCCUGCAGUGGCUGAUAAUAUACCGCAAUCGAUAUCACAAAAUUUUCCGACAUUACCAAUCGAGAUUAAUGUAGCAGAUUGGAUCCAAAGUAAUCGGAAUCGAUCUAAGUCUGCAAGAAAUCUGGACGAUCAUCAGAAGAUAUCAUUGAUGCCAGAAUCAGCUUUAUUAAAUAUACUAAACGAAGGAUUUAAAUUCAAUCAUAAUGAUGUAGAUGCACCGACUUUUAUUGAUCCAAAGAAUGGUACUUUAUUGAGUCUUUUAACACCGGGACAAGUGAAAAUUCUACAAGUGGCCGAAAAGAUUCUACCCGGAGCCGUGCGACGGGAAUACUCAGAUCGGAUGUUCUCUUGUGUAAGAAGAUUCGAGUAUUACAGCUGCGUCAAGUAUUUUGCGUGGCCUAUGGUAAAGCAAUAUUAUACAGGAUUACCAUUGUUUCCAGAAUAUCAAAAUUGGUAUCAGACUGUGACGUUAUAUCCGGAAUAUCCCAUAGUCCCUUUUCCGAGUUCUUCCGAGGGGGAAGGACGUCUCCCGGAAAUAGUUGAAGCCGAUGCGACUCGCAUGAGAAAACCUGAGACUGUUAUAAUUCAUAUACUUCGAAAUAAUUUACCGGAUGCUUCUAAAAUACCUACUAUCACUGCGAUUAAUCCAAAUAAUCAGUUUCUCACUCUUAUUCCACCUGACCAAAUUCGAACUGUUCAUAUAGCUGAACAAUUUGUACCAAGUCCUAUGAGACCGGAGUUCACAACAAAGACGUUUAAAUGUAUUCAACAAUACACUUACUUAAGUUGCGUCAAAUAUUCUAUGUGGCCGACCGUAAGACAGUUUUUCCCAGGACUUCCAGAAUUGCCUGAUUUUCAAGGAUGGAUACCUGAACUUCCAGAAUUUCCAGACUUUUCUGAAUAUUUACCACAAUUUCCGAGUUUUUCGGAUUUUUCAGGAAUCACUGAACAAACUAAGGAAAGUGGAGUUCCAACAGAUUCAGUAAAGUUAAUUGAUCCUUCGCAGAUUGAAAUGAAGAUACAAGAUAUAUUGAGAAAUCUUUACGAUUCCAAGAAACCAGUUGGGGAUUCAUUACCACUGAAUCAGACUCUUUUGUCGUUAACCGUAUUAAAUGAGAGACAGUUGGAUAUUUUAAGACUGACACAACAAUUGGUGGAGCCUUUUGAGAAUUCUGUUGUGAUGACAAAUGUAUUUUUGUGCAUAAAACAAUAUAAUGAUUUUGUUGGUUGUACACGACAAAUAAUUUGGCCAACUGUGGGAAAGUAUGUCAGAUUGCCACAAUUUCCUGAGAAUCAAAUUCUACAAAAUGCGGCAGAACAAUCAAAACAAACAAUUCAGUCAAGUACUAUAAUAUCCAAGUUUCCAACAGAAUCUGCAAAAACUUCCGCAAUUCUCGGUGACAAGGAUAAAAAAAUCUCCAAAGAUGAGAUUACUGAAAUAACGUCUGGAAUUCAUCCAAAUAUGGACGCUAUACCUAGAACAAAAUUCGGACACCAUGGACCAGUCAUUAGCGUAACUGGAACACGAUUCGUACCCAUUUUUACUGAACAGCCAGAAGAUGUUAUACUCAGUAUUCUUCAGUCGAUUCAUUCUUCGUCUUCAGAUUCUUAUGCUGCUUCAUCGUUUUCUUUGAGAAGACAUUCUGCUCUCCCCAACUGGCUAACGGAACAGCAAGAAAAUAUUCUCCAGAUCGCCGAAGAUAUACUACCGGAAUUAGCACGGCAAGGUUUCACCGAGAGACUAGUUGAGUGUGCAGAAAAGAAGAAUUUCUUAAGCUGCUCAAGAGACGUGAUGUGGCCGACAUUAGCGGAACACGUACCACGAUUGCCCAGCUUUCCAAAUUUUAGAAUUUUACAGGCUGAAUCAAAUCAAGGAAAACCUUUGGAAUCAGAAAAUUUCGCAGAACCGGAAUCGCACAAGAAUCCAUUCACGUCAUCGGAAAUUAAUGUAAAAACGGGGCAAUUGGGUAAAACUACUGUUACAAUUACCGAUACUAGAUUUGCGCCAAUUUGUACAGAAUUACCUGAAGCUAUUAUUUUAAAUAUUUUAAGAACUAUACAAAAAUCUACACCAGGACUAUUAAGUGAUAUGACUUUUCCAAGUACCAGAACGCCAGAAUUCUCCAAUCUUUUUACUGAGCAACAGGCUAAUAUUAUCCAACUUGCUGGAAGUUUAUUGCCGGAAAUGGUAAGACCAGUUUUUGUUAAUGGAAUGAUAGAUUGUGUUGGUGAAAAUAAUUUUUUGGAGUGUACACGCGACGUUGCAUGGCCGGCGAUAUUGCAAUUCUUCCCAAGACUACCAAAUUUUCCGAAUUUCAGAAAUUUUCAGAAUUUUUCAAGAGCAAGUACAUUAGCGAUGUCUAGCGAAUUACCGGCAAUUUCUUUAAAAUCUACUAUCCAUCAAUCAGAGGGUGAGAUAUCCGAAAUUCUGAAGAAGGUUGCAUCUUCAACAGGAAUUUUACCUAUAGAACGGUCGUACUUGGAUUCCAUUGUUUUGCCAAUAGAUACAAUAAUGACGGAUCGUCAACAAAAUAUUUUAAAAGUAGCCGAAAACAUUGUGCCCAAAUCGGAACGACCUGCGUUCGUAGUGAGAAUGCUUCAAUGUAUGCGUGGAAAUAAUUUUUUGACUUGUAUGCAAUAUGUUAGCUGGCCCACAAUCAGACAAUUCUUACCAACACUUUCGGAAUUGCCAGACUUUGGUGCACUUAUACCAGAUCUGCCUCCAUUUCCGCAAAUCCCGGAAUUGCCCAGUACAUCAGGAUUAUCGGGAUUGUUUGAAGAAAUUCCCAGACCAAUAAAAAUUAUUGAAGACAAAAGUUCCGUUACCAAAGUCGCUUUGUCGACUCAUCCAAUCCUUACUACGCCAGAAGAACUUGUACUAAUUCACGAUGAAAUUGCAAAAAAUGGAGAACAAUCAGCUUAUCUUGAAACUCCAGGAAUAAUACAAAGCACUGGUACAGUUCUAGGUUAUGCAGGACAACCUGAUAACGUUUUCAUCAACAUCCGGGAAGAAGAUUUAAAAUUGCAAAACGCAACGUCAGAAAGUAAUGCUACCGAUUUUGUAAGUGGAACUGCAAAAUCUCGAAAACGGAGAAGCGUCAUAGAUCUUCUUAACUUUUAUCCAAAACCAAACAUUACUGAAUCUACCAAAAAAGCGGAGAAUACAGGCCUCAACAUAACCGAAUCGGAGCUGCUACAAAUUCUAAUUAACAUAUCAAAACAAAAUGAUCAUCCUGAGGAUGUCCAAUCAGAUGUCACUAAGAAAUAUUUCAUCGAUACUCUCAAUUCUACUAUACGCGAUUUCCUAACUGCAGAUCAAUAUGAAAUUCUAAAAUUUGUGGAGGGUUUAAAUCCAGAAAUUAGCAGGACGGGUUUCAUGUCACGCGUUAUUCGCUGCUUAAGAAGUCUCAGCUUUAUAAGAUGUAUGGGAAUUUUCGUGUGGCCUAUGAUUUCUAGUAAUUUACCCUCAAUAGGAUUUCCUUCAUUCCCAAGUAUUACUCCAUUUAGACGAAGCCAAGAGGAAACUGUGAUUCAAAAUUUCUUUGGUAUGACCAGUUCAGAAUUUGAGAAAGAACUUGUAACACGUAGACAUUCAGUAGAAAGUACUUUAUUAGAUUGGUAUGAGUCUCUAUUGGAAGAUAAAUUUGAAGUCAACUUAGGAUACUUAAAGGUGAAGGGUUACGGUAACGGAGACCUCAGAAUAAGCAUUUCGGAAUAUCGAGAGGGUCGUGUAAAAAAAGUUAAGGAUACGAAAAAUAUGCCAAGUAUAUUGAUUAUGAUUAGUGAUUUCAUGGAGGAUAUGUUUGAUCAGAAUGAUAAAGGCAAACACGUGAAGAAAACGCGAAGUAUGAAAAAUGAUCUGCUUGAUAGCACAGAAUAUCAAAUCCUUAAUAAUUCAUUAAAGAAUCAAGAUCUUGAUCAGAAGGGUGAUUCGCGUUCAAUUAACGAUGAUCAAUUAAUCGCCAUGUUUCUUGAUAAGAUUCGUUCAAAUUAUUCUGUUCAGAGUGAAUCAAAUACAGGACAGUACCUCAGUGCACAGGAUGCUUAUAAUGCAUUUGAACUUUUAUUUGGGACGAAGAUAAGAGAUAGAAUAGCAAGUAAAAUAAAAUCUAAUAAAAAUAAUAACGACUCUAUAAUCGAUAAAAAAUCGAUAAGCUUUAUGAAUCAAUUGAAGAUUGUACCACUAGACACGCAAGAAGAUUCUCUAGAUAAUAAUUUGAAAGUAAUUCCUCUAGAGCCUCCGAUCAGUCACGACAUGGAUAAAGAUUCGAUAGUCAGCAGAGCAGUCCUUGAAGGAAAUGAUGUAGCUCAGGAUAACGAUCAGGCUAAAAAUACAUUUAAAGACUUGUUGGAAUAUGUGCAAAAAUAUUCUAAUACUGAGCAUAAAAGUGCUUAUCCUGAGAUACCUCUAUCUUUACCACAGCUAAAUGAGGACGUAAUUUCCAGAAAGACAACUAGUAUACUGAUACACAUGGGACGAGAUUUGAAAUCCAAAAUACCACAAAUGCUACCAGGAAUUGGAUUUCUCGUUACGUUUGUUCUUCAAAGGGCUUUAGUGCAUGCGCGGGCAGCAGCUUCUAUGGCAAGUAUGAUAAGCAAUAUGGCUCUUGGCUCGGCAUUGUUCGGUAUGCUUCGUCAGGCCAUUUUUGGAACUUCAACUCACCCACAGAUCAAAUACGUUUACGAUAAUAAUAAAGCAGGACCCGGCAUAUCCCGGCCAUAUGGCUAUAAUGAACAUUAUAAUGGAAAGUAAGAAUCAUACCUUAUCGGCAAAUUCUAACAUAAGACUGUAAUCAUGUAUAGAACAUGUUAAAAACAUAUGGAUAGUCAGUCCACCAGUUCGAUGUAGUUUAUUGACAGAUCGAAAACAAUUAAGUCUCUAGCAAGCUACACGUGGCUCUUCAUAGAAUUUUCCUUACAAAGUAGGCAUGUGUCUGGUUUUGCAAUGAACUAUAUUUUAUGUUCUGUUUUAGCAUAUAUUUAUAGAUUUUUAUAAAAAUCUACGUGUCAUUUGUCAAGAAUUGUAUUUUUCGUGAACUGACAAAAAACACGUUGAACUCGUGAAACGACUAUACCAAAUAUUUUAAAUGAAUCAUGGCGUAACUUGACUUUAGACGAAAUAGUAUUUAUUUCAAUGUGGGUAACAUUGGUGGUCGGUUAUAAUAUAUUGUUUUUCUAUACCAUUUUUGUAUUGCUGAAUUCUUCGUGUUAACUCAUAGAUCUAGAAAUCUGUUAAAAAAAAUUAUCUAGCUUGUAGUUAUCGAUAAUUGUUUAAGCAUAAUACAUUGAUCGUCGUAUUCAAGUUUAUCUGAUAUUAUGGAUCAUGUCAUUUUUAUACAGAUAAUUAAUAAAUAUGACACAAAUUUA